UUCAUUUACUUCUUACUCAAUACUGGUACUAUGAUAGCGAAUACUACAAUUUGCUUCAUCAAUUUGGUGAUGGUGAUUAUGAAGACCUAGCACCUUGGUUUCAUUUCAAAGAUGUUUGUUUGCGCAUGCGCUUUGAUCGCCUACUUGGUGACUCAGAAGGAUCAACCAGAGCUAGAGCCUUUUUCUGUAGCAAUAUAUCAACAUUAAGCAUUACUAAUUACCCCUUGGCACAUUAUGCACAAAACUGUGGGUCAAUUGCUUGUUUUACAAUCUACUUGUUUAUUUUAGGAGAAAAAGAAAUAGAAGGAAAAGAAUAUGCACUCAAGUUCUUUCUGCCUUCUCAGGAAAUGGAUAAUGAUUACCCUCAAAACUUGUUGAAUUCCAUAUGGACAACGGUUAAAAAAUCUCUUUCAAAUUGUAAGCUUGCUGUAAGAGAAAAAGAAAAACUAGAACAGGUGUUAUCAGUCAAGGUUAUCAACUCUUCUUCUACCCAAACUCAACCCGCGUCCUUUGAACUUGGUCAACCCCAAAGCUCUCUUCCUCACUAUGAUGGCUUAGAGCUUACUCCAACUUCAAAAGUAUUUGAAAAAGGUCCUGAUCAAAAUAGCAAUUUAAAUUCUUAUGAAGAGGCUGCGGUAGGGGAAACGUUAAUAUUAAAUGAAGCUUCCCAGCCCAGGAGAUCUGAAGAAUACUUUAAAACAAAGUGGAAGACCAUGGCUGCUGAGAGAGUAGAUAAUCCACUAGAAGUGUCACCUGAUGAUGAAGACGUUGAACCUGUGACCCCUGCAUCAAAACGAUUGAAGAAAUCUAAAAUACCUUGUACUAUAGAAAAUAUCAGUAAGCAUUUUGGAAGACCAAUAAAAGAUGCAGCAGAUAGCUUCGGUUUGAGUGUAUCGACAUUUAAGCGCAGAUGUAGAGAUGUUGAUAUUGAAUGGUGGGAGUCCAGAACGAGUCAAAAGACAGAUGGUAAAUCGGGGGCAAAACAUCUUUCAUCAGACACAUUUAGUUUGCCAAAUAGACGUGUUGUUACUCAUUCAAGCCAGGACUUUAAUAUGAUGACCAUAAAGGUCACAUAUGACGCUCGUAUCAUAAAAUUUAAAUUAUCUACUUCAUCAGGGCUUGAAGAGUUGGAGAAUAGUGUAAUUAAGAGGCUGAACUUGGAUAGAAAAAGUUUUUGUCUUAAAUAUCAAGAUGAUGCGGAUGAUUGGAUUGACAUUACUUGCGAUGAGGACGUACUGGAAUGUAUGGAAGUCUCAAGAUCAUUGAAGAAAUCAAUAAUCGAAAUGAAGCUUGGCCCUGCCUAUUAACACUUACGAGUAUCCAGGUUGAAGAAAGAAAACGCUCGACUCGUGUUUGUUUUCUUUUUGGGCAAAAACAUUUUAGUACUGAUCAACUAUGAUCAAUUGAUGGGUGAAAUAUAUAGUUAUCUUGUAAUCAGUAUUAUAAAUAUACUUUUUCUUAAGCCUCUAAAUCUUGAAAACCAAUUUAUAAUGCAAGAAUAUGUAUUC